AUGAAUGAACGAUCAGCAUAUCCGACUCCUGCUGUCUACAAUCCACAAAGUUAUUCACAACAACAACCAUAUUAUCCACCUCCGCCACAAGCUGUGGACUACAAUUCUACUCAACCCCCAGCUUACGGGUAUCAAACUCCGACUCAACAGCCUCAUCAAAGAGAUGGACGACAUCAAGACCAGGCCGUCGAACCACACUCUUAUCGAAACCUCCCCCCUCAUCUUCGCCCCCGACGUUCUAUAUCCGAACCACCAGAUCCCCAUUAUCUCGCUCAACACAUCCCCGGCUAUCAUCACCGCGGACGUGCAACAUCUUCCUCAUAUUCUUCCUCCCCAGAAAGAUCGCGAUCCCGAUCGAGAAAUCGAGCUCAUUCACAUUCGCGAGCUCGAUCGACAAGAUCUAUGAGUCGAUCUCGUCAUAGACAUUCACAUACACACUCACGAGCAUCCAAGACUCGAGCUCAGAAUACUCAUAAAGAUAGAAAUACAUUUUUUGGUGCAUUUGGUGGGGGGUUGAUUGGAGAUUUGAUAAUGCCUGGGUUAGGAACAUUAGGGGGAGCGAUAUUGGGAGGGGUUGGAGGAAGGGAAGCUAGUAGGAGUGGACGUAAGAAUGAGAAGGGCGAGAAACCGGAAAGGAGGAGAAUCUUUGGAGGGAAAACAUAUGAGGAGGAAUGGAGAGAGGGAAGGAUUGCGAGGGGUGAAAUAAGUGGUUGA